UUUUCCCCCCCCCCCCCCGGAAUAUUGUCCCACUUCUAACAAACCAAUUCAGUCCUUCCAGUGUCUCUCCCAUCUAAUUAUUUUCCACCCUUCCCCAUCUUUCCAACAAAUAUUUCUUUUCAUCACUAAUUCCACCCCAGUUUGGCUUCUCCCAGCAAAACUCUCUAGGUCCCUUCCCAGGGGUGAAAUACUAGGAAAGAAAGAAAUAUUUUCUCUUGCCAACAAAACUUGUUCCCACCACCUAGUAUUUAGUAUUGCUUUUUUUCUUCCCAAAGUUCAUGUGUGUGCUUGUUUUGUUGGGACCCAAGUUUCAUGUGUGUGCUUGUUUUGUUGGGACCCAAGUUCUGACGGCCCCUUCCUUUCCACCACCUACUUGCAGGGCAAAAGAAAUUGGAUGAGUAUCCUGAAUUUACCGCCCAGCGUUCCAGGAAGAAAAACCCCAAUGGUCUGAUUGUCACCUGAAUCCCCUCCCUGUGGGGCCUAAACUGGGCCCCCAUUUCCCAGAGGUUCACUCCCUUUCUCUUCUCCUGGAAUUAGCCGCUGUCAAGGACUCGCUCCUCCUUGACUCCUUACCUGGCCUUGCUGGCCUGGAGGGUAGCUCUUGGCCGAAACCUGGUACUGGAGAGCCAUGGACCAGUACAGCCUUGGGGACGAGGGCACCCUUCCAUCAGAAAUGCACCUCCCUUCGUUUUCAGAGAGCCAAGGCCUCAACUGCAGUGACACCCUCAACCGAGAGUUGGGGCCCCACACGCGGGACCUGCUCUAUGCUGGCCUGAGUGGUUUAGACCUGGACCCCAGUCUCCCAACGCCCGACGCACCCAGCGAGGCACUGGAGGACAACCUAGACACCCUGUCCCUGUACUCAGGGAAGGACAGUGAUUCCGUGAAGCUGCUGGAAGAGUAUGCAGAUCCAGAAUCUCAGACUUCCUUACCAGACCUGGGGCUGGGUGCACUGAAGGUGCCCAAAGAGGCUGACGAAGGAGGCAGAGCCACCUCAGGAAGUGCCCGGAAAGGCAAGCGGCAGCACGGUUCCCCUCAGAACCCACUUCUGGACUGCAGCCUCUGUGGGAAGGUGUUCAGCAGCGCCAGUUCUCUUAGCAAGCACUACCUGACACACAGCCAGGAGAGGAAGCACGUCUGCAAGAUCUGCAGCAAGGCCUUUAAGCGCCAGGAUCAUCUGACCGGGCACAUGCUCACCCACCAGAAGACCAAGCCCUUCGUGUGCAUCGAGCAGGGCUGCAGCAAGAGCUACUGCGACUACCGCUCCCUGCGCCGCCACUACGAGGUCCAGCACGGCCUGUGCGUCCUGAAGGAGGCCCCCCCAGAAGAGGAAGCCUGUGGGGACUCGCCCCAGGCCCCUGAGCCGGCCAGCCAGCCAUCUGCCAGCAGCCUGCGGUCCCUGGUAUCCCCGGAAGCUAGGUCCCCUGGCUCCCUCCUGCCCAACCGAGACCUCCUGCGCUGCAUCGUGAGCAGCAUCGUCCACCAGAAGCUCCCUUCUCCAGGCCCUGCCCCAACCGGGCCUUCAGACAGUGAAGGGAAGAGUAUGGCCUGUCCCUGCCUUCCCUCGUCAGGGGCCUCCUGCACCCCGGCCGGCACCCCAGUGGCCCCAGGACCCCUGGGCACUGAGGUCCCUGAGGAGCUGCCUCCCACACAGAAGGAGCCAGCUGCUGACGUGUUCACAGCCGUCCAUCCCAGGGUGAGCGAGAACAGUGCCCCUGACCCACCAGAGUCAGGGCCCCCGCUGCUCCAGCUCCCAUCCACCCUGGAGGGCUGGCCCGAGGGCAGCUCCCUGCCUGCCUGCCUGCCUUUCCUGCGAGGCCAGACGGUCCCUGCCAGUUCCCAGCCAUCGGGCCACAAUUUCCAGUGGCUCCGGAACCUGCCGGGCUGCCCCAAGAGCAAAGGCAACAACGUGUUCGUGGUCCACAAGCCUUCCGUGGUGCCCGCCCGCGAGGGCUCCGAGUCUGGGCCUGGGUCCAGCAGCACCUGCCUGGCAGUGGAGCCCUCGUCUGGCUCAGGGGUCAGCCUGGAGGACAUGCUACCCUUCCCCCCCACGCUCCCAAAGGCGCCCGGGGAGGUCUCCAGCGACCCCAGAUACAUCAGUGGGGAGGACGACUCCUGGGCUUCCAAGAAGAGUAGGUUGGACUGCGAUUCGUACUCGUGGCAAAGCCCCGGGGAGCCUGGCCUGCAGGACGCCCAGAAACAGGGAGGGUUCCAGCCAGAUGCCACACCACUUUUCCGGCAGCUGUUCCUGAAGUCGCAGGAGUCUCUGGUGAGCCACGAGCAGAUGCAGGUGUUCCAGAUGAUCACCAAGUCCCAAAGGAUCUUCUCCCACGCCCAGGUGGCGGCAGCCUCCUCCCAGCUCCCGGGGCCCGAGGGCAAGCAGGCUGCUGUGAAGCCACCGCAGGGGCCAUGGCCGCUGCAGCCCCCACCACCGGCGUCCGCUGCUGACUCUCUUCAUACCGGCCCUGGAAACCUGGGGCCAGAGGGAUCCCCAGCCCGCAGGAGGAAAAACCUGCCAGUGGCUCCCAGAGAGACGUCCCCAGGCAGCACGAAGCGAGACUCAAAGGGAGGUCCAAAAGCGGCCACUGCUCUGCCUCCCCUCCCAGCGGCAGCCCUGGACCCUCCCGGGAACUCAGACCUCUCUUCCCUGGCCAAGCAGUUGCGAUCAUCGAAAGGGACCUUGGACCUGGGGGACAUAUUCCCUACUGCAGGCUCUCGGCAGCUGGGGGGCAAUGAGCUGGCGCCAGGAGCCCAGCUGUCCGGGAAGCAGGCCCAGUCCGAAAAUGGCUCAACUUCUGGGGCCACAAAAGGUGAAAAGAGCCUAGCCUGCUCCCGGGGUGCAGGCUACAGGCUCUUCUCGGGCAGCUCCAGGGCCCAGCGGUUCUCAGGCUUCCGGAAAGAGAAGGUGAAGAUGGACUUGUGCUGCGCGGCGUCGCCCAGCCAAGUAGCCAUGGCCUCCUUCUCAUCCGCCGGGCCGCCAGCCGACGCCCCCCGGGACUCGAAGUCCAAGCUGACAAUAUUCAACAGGAUCCAGGGUGGAAACAUCUACAGGCUCCCCCAUCCGAAGGAGGAGAACGUGGCAGGCGGAUGUAACCAGCAAAAUGGGGGCCCCGCAGACUGGCCAGAGCCCAGGGGCACUUUCGUGUGCAAGAACUGCAGCCAGAUGUUCUACACCGAGAAGGGGCUGAGCAGCCACAUGUGUUUUCACAGCGAGCAGUGGCCGUCGCCUAGAGGCAAGCAGGAGCAGCAGAUGUUUGGCAUGGAGUUUUGCAAGCCACCGAGGCAGGUGCUGAGGCCAGAGGGAGACGGACAGAGUCCCCCAGGAGCCAAGAAGCCCUUGGACAGCUCAGCCACAGCCCCUUUGGUUCCCCCCAUGUCAGUCCCCAUGGCUCCUGAAAUCCGACCCCCAGGGAGUUUGGCUGAGGGACAAGAGAAAGACGGGGAGGAGAGAGAUGGCAGGGAGAACAGCCAACACAGGAAGCGGAAGAAGCGCCCCCAGCCCAAGGCUGUGUCCGCCCCUCCUCCCCCCUCCACGUCUGGGGAGCCGGGUGCCGGAGGGUGCCACCAGAGCUGCCUGCGGUCUCCAGUGUUCCUGGUGGACCGCCUCCUGAAGGGCCUGUUCCAGUGCUCCCCCUACACGCCACCUCCCAUGCUCAGCCCCAUCCGGGAGGGCUCGGGGCUGUACUUCAGCACGCUCUGUUCCACGUCCACUCAGGCCAGUCCCGACCAGCUCGUCGGUUCUGCGUUUGGUCACGUGGAUGGCUCCUUUGACAUCUGCGUGGUGAAGGAUGACACCAAGAUCAGCAUUGAACCACACAUCAACCUCGGAAGCCGGUUCCAGGCCGAGAUCCCGGAGCUCCAGGAGAGGUCACUGGCUGGGACUGACGAGCAUGUCGCUUCUCUGGUCUGGAAGCCGUGGGGCGAUGUGAUGACCAACCCAGAGACGCAGGACAGAGUGACAGAACUCUGCAACGUGGCGUGCUCUAGCGUGAUGCCGGGCGGGGGCACCAACCUGGAGCUGGCACUGCACUGCCUGCACGACGCCCGGGGCGAUGUGCAGGUGGCCUUGGAGACCCUCUUACUUGGAGGACCCCGGAAGCCUCGGGCUCACCCGCUCGCUGACUACCGCUACACAGGAUCAGACGUCUGGACACCCAUGGAGAAGAGGCUCUUUAAGAAGGCGUUCUGUACCCACAAGAAGGACUUUUAUCUGAUACACAAGACGAUCCAGACGAAGACCGUAGCCCAGUGCGUUGAGUAUUACUACAUCUGGAAAAAAAUGAUCAAGUUUGACUGCGGCCGAGCCCCAGGGCUAGAAAAGAGGGUUAAGAGAGAGCCAGAUGAGGUAGAGAGGACAGAAGAAAAGAUCCCUUGCAGCCCUCGAGAGAGACCCAGCCACCGUCCAACUCCCGAGCUAAAGAUAAAGACCAAGAGUUACAGGAGGGAGUCCAUUCUCAACUCCAGCCCCAGUGCAGGCCCCAAGCGGACCCCAGAGGCGCCAGGGAGUGUGGAGAGUCAGGGCGUGUUCCCCUGCAGAGAGUGUGAGAGGGUGUUUGACAAGAUCAAGAGUCGAAACGCCCACAUGAAGCGGCACCGCCUUCAGGACCACGUGGAGCCUCUGGUCAGGGUGAAGUGGUCCGUGAAGCCCUUCCAGAUUAAGGAGGAGGACGAGGAGGAGGAGGAGCUGGGCGCAGACAUCAGCCCCCUGCAGUGGUGAUUCUCGGUGGCAGCAAGUCUGGGCAGGGCCUCCAGCCCUGUCACACUUCCCUUCAUCCUCUCUAGGGUGUUGCGACACCCCCCCUCCCUCCGCCCUCCCCGGCCAGCCCUCUAGCCAUCUUGGCAGGUGUUUGGCCAGAGACAGCAGGAGAAGCGGUCAUUGGACAGCCCAGUCCCUGGCGUGUGGUCCGGAGGCCUGCUCUCCUUAGGUUAAUAGUCUCUCCCCUCUUUCCAUUCCACUUCCAGAGCGGGGAGGCCUGGGGAGGGGAAGCUAGUCCGGGCAGCCCUUCAGUCUUAGCCUCAGGCAUGGGGUCUGGUUACUUUUGUUACAAGGCUGAGACGCAGAGAAUCAGUGGGAAAAGACCUUGGUCUCCUACAUGUUGGGGCUCCUCCUGGGCUGAGGGUCUCUGCAUCUGGAUUCAAUCCCUGCUCUUAGGAUGACUUGUACAUGGUUAGUUUUUCUUUUUUUUUUUGUACGUGUCUACUUGUAAAUCUUAUUAAAUUGGGUUCUUGA